GAGAGACACAGAGAGACACAGGAGAGACACAGAGAGACACAGGAGAGACACAGAGAGACACAGAGCGACAAAGAGAGACACAGAGAGGAGUCGCUAUGGCUGACAAGGCAGCGGCGGCGGAGGAGAGCGGGGGCUGGAAGGAGUUCAUCUGGAACAAGCAGAAGAAGGAGUUCAUGGGGAGAACGGGCACCAGCUGGCUGAAGAUCGGAGGCUUCUAUCUCGUGUUCUACGGCUGCCUGUCGGCUCUCUUCGUGGCCACGAUCCACGUGAUGCUGCUCACCCUGGACGAGUUCAAGCCCAAGUGGCAGGACCGCGUGAGCCCUCCCGGUCUGUCGAUGCGUCCUCGUGCCCACAAGAUGGAGAUCGCCUUCUCCAUGGACAGCAGCAACUCGUUCUCAGCCCACGUGGACAGCAUGAACCACCUGCUGCAGUCCUACGUCGACGAGAAGCAGCAGAAGCUCAAAGACUGUGGCGAGUUCCCGCUGGGCCCACGUGACCAGGGCGCCGUGAACGCCGGCCGUGGGCCCCGCUCCUCCUGCCGCUUUCAGCGCCAGUGGCUGGGGCCGUGCUCCGGCCUGGAGGACCCCAGCUACGGCUUCGCCAGCGGGGAGCCCUGCAUCAUCAUUAAGAUGAACCGUGUCAUCGGAUUCGUGCCCGAGGUGGCCCCCAACGCGAGUCUCCCCAAUGAAGUUCUGCGUCACUACAACCCCAACAUCAUCCCCGUUACCUGUGCAGCAAAGAGGGAGGAGGACCGCGGCAGCCUGGGCGGCUUCUCGUACCACGGCAUGGGCGGCCACGCGGGCUUCCCGCUGCACUACUUCCCGUACUACGGCGUGCGCCUGCAGGAGGAUUACGUCGCGCCGCUGCUGGCCGUGCGGGUGCUGAACGCGUCGCGCGGCGCCGAGCUGCGUCUGGAGUGCCGCGUGCACGCCGCCAACGCGGCCACGAGCGAGCGCGACCGCUUCCUGGGCCGCGUCGAGUUCAAGCUCAACGUGAGGGCGCCCGGCGAGACCGCCGGGGACUAGAGGGGGGGAGAGGCCGGCGGGGUCGGGGCCCCACGGUCGCCGUGGAGACCGCGGGUGACUAGGUACCCACUGUCACUACCGUCACCAUGGAGACCGCCGGUGACUAGGUACCCACCGUCCCUACCGUCACCAUGGAAACUGCGGGUGACUAGGUACCCACCGUCACUACCGUCACCAUGGAGACCGAUGGGGUCGCCCACGGUCACCGUGGAGACCGUGGGUGACUAGGUACCCACCGUCACUACCGUCACCAUGGAGACCGCGGGUGAUACCCACCGUCACUACCGUCACCAUGGAGACCGCCGGUGACUAGGUACCCACCGUCACUACCGUCACCAUGGAGACCGACGGGGUUGCCCACGGUCACCGUGGAGACCGUGGGUGACUAGGUACCCACCGUCACUACCGUCACCAUGGAGACCAACGGGGUCGCCCACGGUCACCGUGGAGACCGCCGGUGACUAGGUACCCACCGUCACUACCGUCACCAUGGAGACCGACGGGGUUGCCCACGGUCACCGUGGAGACCGCGGGUGACUAGGUACCCACCGUCACUACCGUCACCAUGGAGACCGCCGGUGACUAGGUACCCACUGUCACUACCGUCACCAUGGAGACCGCCGGUGACUAGGUACCCACCGUCACUACCGUCACCAUGGAGACCGCCGGUGACUAGGUACCCACCGUCACUACCGUCACCAUGGAGACCGCCGGUGACUAGGUACCCACUGUCACUACCGUCACCAUGGAGACCGCCGGUGACUAGGUACCCACUGUCACUACCGUCACCAUGGAGACCGCCGGUGACUAGGUACCCACCGUCACUACCGUCACCAUGGAGACCGCCGGUGACUAGGUACCCACCGUCACUACCGUCACCAUGGAGACCGCCGGUGACUAGGUACCCACUGUCACUACCGUCACCAUGGAGACCGCCGGUGACUAGGUACCCACCGUCACUACCGUCACUAUGGAGACCGCAGGUGACUAGGUACCCACCGUCACUACCGUCACUAUGGAGACCGCGGGUGACUAGGUACCCACCGUCACUACCGUCACUAUGGAGACCGACGGGGUCGCCCACGGUCACCGUGGAGACCGUGGGUGACUAGGUACCCACCGUCACUACCGUCACCAUGGAGACCGACGGGGUUGCCCACGGUCACCAUGGAGAUCGCCGGUGACUAGGUACCCACCGUCACUACCGUCACCAUGGAGACCGCCGGUGACUAGGUACCCACCGUCACUACCGUCACCAUGGAGACCGCCGGUGACUAGGUACCCACCGUCACUACCGUCACCAUGGAGACCGCCGGUGACUAGGUACCCACCGUCACUACCGUCACCAUGGAGACCGCCGGUGACUAGGUACCCACCACCACCGUUGCCGUGGACACAACGGGCGGCGAUGGAUUCAUCGUCACCAGUUGCCAUGGAGACCAGUGGCGACGAGACACCGCCUUCACCACCGCCGUCGCCGAGGACACCACAAGCAAUAUACCCCCCACCCGUUGCCAUGGCUACCCUGAACCCCUCUCAACAC